GUGAUGUUCCCCUUCCUAAUCCAAUGUUCACUUCUUUGGCAGAGGACAAUGAAAAUUUAGAGCAAUGGGCAGGUGAGAAUGUUGGUGAUACACAUCUUGGCAAGAGGAAGACAAAAAUUCUCCGACCUGGGCCACCAGAAAAGAAAGGAAAAAUGAUUAGGAGCCCUCAAGAGGAAGAGCUUGCGAGCAAUGAGACAACACCUGAGCCUAGUGGUGGUGGUGAUGAAGGCAACACCGAUGAUGACGAUGACGAUGAUGAUGACGAUGAUGAUGACAAUGAUGAUGGAGGGAGUGGUUAUCCUGUAUCUAGUCAAGCUGGUGGAAGGAGUGCCCAUAGUAUGUCGCCUAUUAGAUUUACCGGGGAGACAGAUUUCACCCAUGCCACACAAGAUCAAGAUCAUGGUCAACCCAUGUCACAACGGAGGACGACAAGCAAUCGACGUCGAUCUGAUCCUCGAGAAGGUGAUAGCUCCAGUUCAGUGAGUUCAACCUUCAGCUAUCCACGUCCACCCUCCUACCCAUAUCCAUACCCACAACCAUACCCAUAUCCGUACCCACAACCAUAUUCACACCCACCACCAUAUCCAAGCCACUUCAUUCAACUACCGGUACAUCUUGGCAUGAGCACUAGUGGUCAGAUUGGUGAAUUACAGGAAUAUUAUUAUGGAUAUCACGCAUACCAGCAAGAAGAGACCGAAGAAUGAUUAAAUUGAUAUGCCGAAUGCCUUCAUGUAUGGACUAUGUGCUUGCUAGUUUUUAUGUGGCUUGUAUAGACUAUGUACUCUUGUUUCUAUGCACUAUGAGGUUUGUAUGAACUAUGCACUCUUUUGUUUCUGUGAACUAUGAAGUUUGUAUGGACUAUGCACUCGUUUAUUUAUAUGAACUAUGCA